GACAGAAAAGGUAUUAUUUCCUUUUUAGGCGACAAAGAGGAUUAAAAAUACGCGUUUCGUAUAGGGUCUACAAUGUGGCACUCUCAGGUACUGCGAUACGUUUCAGCCGUCGAUCUGUACGCUUUGGAACAGCGUGGCUCUAUGUUGAGCUACCAUUUUUUGGAGUCCACUGCCAGGAUGAAAGAAGCUUAUCAAAGGUUACCCGCAGCGCAGCGCUUCAGAUUAGAGGAACGUGCUGCGUCACUGUGUGAGGAAGUUGAAAAGAUGGACCAAAUUGAAAGUUUCUUUUUGGUCGACUAGACUUUCCAUUAAAUUUGCUUUCCUUGCUUGCUUUUUUUGGGUUUCUAUAGGAGGUGGCAUGAAUACUGAGAGUUCAUGCGGAACGAUUACAAUUUACGCACUUAAAAAGUGCCACAGAAGUAUAUAUGGAUGCUAUUGUCUGUGAAAGUUUUGAUAAAUAACACCACAAGUAAUAGUUGCCGUUUUGCGCACUAAGCAUGGGUGUCAAAGCAAUUAUUCUCGUCGCCCAAAAGUCGAGGACAUCCAUCGUCUUUCGAUAUUGUUGUUGUGCUUUUUUUUUGUUUUGCACUGAGU